AUGGCGUCCCCAGAUCCCGGCCGCACGCCGGCGCAAGGCGAGGAAUCUGCCUCCACCUCCCCGUGGCCUCUCCGCAAGCUCCAGAGUUUGACACCAGGGCUGUGGUCACAAUACAAAGCUUAUGAGGAUGCAGUUGUCGAGGGCACUAAAGGAACUAUUGCAGAUGCUCUGGUUCUUGUGAGAGAGCAUCAGGCGGAGGCAAUUGGAUGUGCCACUGCUGCAGGAUUCAUUCUGUUCAGAGUAGGAACUAGGAAGGUGAAUGAAAACAUGGGGAUUGAUUCUGUUAGAUAUCGGAUGAGAAUAACAUGA